AUGAGCCCCGGCGCGGCGCGGGCCGUUGCGCUGCCCGGAGCCCCCGGAGUGCCAGGCGCGGGGGGCGUCGGGGGGCGGCCGGCCUGGGCGCUGGGCGCGCUGUGCUUGCUGCUGUCGUCGGCGGCGGCCGCCGCGUGCCUGCGACUGGGCGUCCAGGCGGCCGCGCUGCAGCAGCGGGUGGCGGCGCUCGAGCAGGAGCUGCAGCUGCUGCCGCACCUGGAGCAGCUGGUGCGCGAGAAGCUGGACGGAUUGGUCAAGCUCCGGAAGAUUCGAGAAGCUCCGACCGAGUGUGUCUGCCCCCCCGGUCCCCCUGGACGGCGCGGUAAGCCCGGAAGAAGAGGCGACGCCGGCCCGCCUGGCCCCGCGGGACGAGACGGCUACCCGGGGCCGCUGGGUCUGGACGGGAAACCUGGACUGCCAGGCCCCAAGGGUGAAAAGGGUGCACCAGGAGACUUCGGCCCCCGGGGAGACCAGGGGCAUGAUGGAGCUGCUGGGCCUCCAGGACCCCCUGGCCCUCCCGGGGUACAGGGUCCACCUGGAGACACUGGGAAGGAUGGACCCCGGGGGGCACAGGGCCCUACGGUAAGAGAGGGAGAGCAAGGUGAAACUGAUGGCGCCAUAGGCCCAGUAGGACCCCCGGGGCCCAGGGGUGAGCCCAGUGUCUCGGGAAAAAAGGGAGAUGACGGGUCCCCGAGCCAGCCUGGGCCUCCUGGACCCCCAGGGCCCAAGGUAGGUACCUGGUCCGUCAGACCAGGCUCCGGGCUGCAGCCUCCCUCUCCACAGGGCGAGCCGGGCCAGCGAGGGGCCGACGGAGCCGUGGGAUCACGGGGCUUCCCAGGCCUGAAGGGCGAGCAGGGGGACACGGUGGUGAUCGACUACGACGGCAGGAUCCUGGACGCACUGAGGGGACUUCCUGGACCACAGGGGCCCCCGGGGCCACCAGGACACCCCGGGCCCAAGGGCGAACUUGGGCUACCCGGAGCCCCGGGAGCUGACGGGGAGAAGGGCCCCAAAGGCGCUAAAGGAGACCCUGGAGAGACGGCGCCAGCAGGGCCCAAAGGGGACGCGGGAGAGAUGGGGCUGCCAGGCCUCCCGGGGCCUGCUGGGCUCAAGGGGCAGAAAGGAGAGCCAGCGGCGGCCGCAGAGAGCUUGGCCCAGGUCAUCAUGGAGCCGGGCCCCCCCGGGCCCCCAGGUCCCCCGGGCCCUGUGGGCCUACAGGGAGUUCCAGGUCCCAAGGGCCUUGAUGGAGCCAAAGGAGAGAAGGGUGCAUCAGGGGACAGGGGUCCCAGCGGGCCGCCCGGGCCAGCGGGUCCACCAGGCCUCAUCGGGCUGCCAGGAACCAAAGGAGAGAAGGGCAGAGCCGGGGAGCCAGGGCUGGAUGGUUUCCCCGGACCCCGUGGCGAGAAGGGAGAACAAAGCGACCGGGGAGAGAAGGGUGAACGAGGAGUCCCCGGGAGGAAGGGGGUCAAAGGUCAGAAAGGGGAGCCGGGGCCACCCGGCCUGGACCAGCCCUGCCCUGUGGGCCCCGAUGGGCUGCCGGUGCCCGGAUGCUGGCACAAGAGGCCGCAGGCGGUGGUCAACGCGCGGGUGGGCGGAACCUUAGACGACUGUGGGCAGGGCCCCUAA